GUGGAACACGCAGGGAGGCUGUGCUGGAUCUGAGGUGUUUCCUCCAGUGCAGUUUGUAAACGCUCGCUUGAAUUUUGUUUUCGGGGUAGCUCUUGACAGCAGACAUCUGGUGACCUUUGGGCUCGGCAGAGGUGGGGCACGGUAGCUCGUGUUCUUCCUUCUUGCCUGAAAGAGAGAAGAAAACAAGAGCAAAGCCCCGGCUGUUGUUUUGGAGUGCUGUCACUGCUCGGUAGCGACAGGAUAAUGGCUCCUUGUGAAUAAGCUGCGCUGCACAGUGUGUCAGUAACACUGGGAUGUCAGUUUGCACCUGUCUGGUUUUGUGGAUGAAGUCAGCGAGGAUAGUCUGACGUGAUAUGGAGUCCGCAGAGCGGUUGGCGUCACCACCGGUCUCCUCCGCGGCAGCCGUUUCCACUCCAGCGCCUUCUGCCCCGCCGGUGGCUUCAGCCGUGGCGAAAGGCGGCCUGUCCUCUGGGGCUGCGGCACUGAGCGCCGCCAUCAGCUCGUGUGAAUGGUGGCGAGCAGCGGACACGCACUCUCGUCCUGGGGCAGCGUUUUUCCCACCGCUCCUGGGAAUUCCACCGCUGUUUGCACCUCCUGCGCAGAAUCACGAUCCUGCCUCGUUCCACUCCAGAGCCGCAGGAAAGAGUAGUCGGAGCAGUACAGAGAAAGGUAUAAAUGGGUCGCUGAACGGGAGCAGCACCGCUGCAGUGUCUGCUGUCGGCACAUCUGUUCUGUCCACCAGCAUUGCAACAUCUGCAGGACCGGUGAAAGCUGUAGCCGCAGGAGCAGGAGGCCGCAAAUACAACCAGGAGCAAAGCAAAGUCCAGCUCUUGGAUGCCAGAGCUGACAAAAUCAAAGAUAAGAAGCCCAGAAAAAAGGCAGUGGAAAGCUCUAGUAACAGCGACAGCGAUUCGGGCUCCUCGUCAGACACCUCGAGCGAAGGCAUAAGCAGCAGUGACUCCGAGGAUCUGGAGGAGGAUGAGGAGGAGGACCCGAGCGCUGAGGAGAGUGAGGAUGAUGAAUCUGACUCUGAAAACGAAGCACAUCACAAAACCAAGAACAAGGUGCUAAUGCAUAGUGGCGUAACUGAUGCGAAAACUGAUGGCCAGAAACCCCAUGAAAAGUCCCAAGAGAAGAGAACACACCAGCAGAUACCUCUUGUGUCUGAUCCCCAGAGCCCCUCGCCGUUCCAGUCCCAGCAGAAGCAGCCUCAGGUUUUGUCACAGCAGCUUCCCUUUAUUUUCCAAAGCUCUCAGGCAAAGGAGGAAUCUGUGAACAAACACACAAGUGUAAUACAGUCUACGGGACUGGUUCCCAAUGUGAAACCUUUGUCCUUGGUACAUCAAGCCAAAAAGGAAACCUAUUUAAAACUCAUAGUUCCUUCCCCUGAUCUACUCAAAGCAGGGAGUAAAAAUACCUCUGAAGAGUCUGUCUCUGUGACCAGCGAUGUGAGAUCAAGACGGGAACAAUAUAAACAGACAUUCCCAGCAGCACAGCUAAAGAAACAGGAAUCGUCUAAGAACCUGAAGAAGGUUAUUGCGGCUUUGUCAAGCCCCAAACCAACGUCCAGUUCACCAGCUCAUCAAAAACUCACAUCCUUGGAAAACAACCAUUCCAAUCCAUUCCUGACAAAUGCACUUUUAGGUAAUCACCACCCCAAUGGAGUUAUUCAGAGCGUCAUCCAGGAGGCUCCUCUUGCACUUACUACGAAACUGAAGCCCCAGACCAAGACCAGUGACAGUGUAGCCAUCUCCAGUAGCGCCCCCUUUUCCGUGCCAGUGAGCCUGAGCGCAGCUGGGAAAAAGCCAGCUGGUACCCGGACACCUGGUGUGCCCUCUACCUCUCCUGUGUUACCCGGCUCAGGAAAGGAGAAACCCGUCAGCAAUAACGCAGGAAAUGCAGUAAAAACCCAACACCGCCUUCACUCUGCAAAGCUGGUGGUGGAGCAGUUCCGAGGGCUGGACUCGGAUGCCCCCAGCAGCAAGGACUCUGAUGACUCAAAUGACGAUGAUGAUGACGAUGAAGACGAAGAUGAGGAUGACGAAGAUGAUGAUUCUGAUGAUACCCAAUCAGAAUCUGACAGUAAUUCUGAGUCAGAUACAGAAGGGUCUGAGGAUGAAGAUGAUGAAGAUGAUAAAGAUCAAGAUGAAUCAGAUACAGACACUGAGGGAGAAAAAUCUCUGCUGAAAGUGAAUAAGACUCCGUCGUCUGUGAAGAGCUCUUGCAUUGGUCCUGCAGCUCACUCCACCCCGCUUAAUCUCCAAGUAGCAAAGACCCCGAGCUCUGCACCAGCUGCCUUAUGUCCCGAGAGCCAGCCCGUGGUUUUUCUUGGGACAGCACCGUCUGCCCUCGGAACAAGCGCACACUGUGGUGUUUCAAAAAGACGAAGAGUGGCAGAUGAACGCGAGCUGCGUGUCCCUCUGGAGUGCGGCUGGCAAAGAGAAACCCGAAUAAGAAACUUUGGUGGUCGUCUUCAAGGAGAAGUAGCUUAUUUUGCACCUUGUGGAAAGAAGCUGAGACAGUAUCCUGAAGUGGUAAAGUACCUCAGCAGAAAUGGAAUAAUGGAUAUCUCAAGGGACAAUUUCAGCUUCAGUGCAAAAAUAGGAGUGGGUGACUUCUAUGAAGCCAGAGAUGGACCGCAGGGCGUGCAGUGGUGCCUGCUGCGGGAGGAGGAGGUGGUGCCGCGGCUGCGGGCCAUGGAGGCGCGGCGGGGGCGGCCGCCCAACCCCGACCGGCCGCUGUCCCGCGACGAGACGCGCGUGCGGCGGCGCAAGGGCCGGCCCCCCAACGUCGGGGGCUCCGAGUUCCUGGACGGCGCUGACGCGAAGCUGCUGCGGAAGCUCCAGGCUCAAGAAAUAGCGAGGCAAGCAGCACAAAUAAAGCUGCUGAGGAAACUCCAGAAGCAGGAACAAGCUCGAGCUGCCAAAGAGGCGAAAAAACAGCAAGCUAUUAUGGCAGCUGAAGAAAAGCGAAAGCAAAAGGAGCAGAUAAAGAUGAUGAAGCAGCAGGAAAAAAUCAAGCGAAUCCAGCAAAUCAGAAUGGAGAAAGAACUUCGAGCUCAGCAAAUUUUAGAGGCAAAAAAGAAAAAGAAGGAAGAAGCAGCAAAUGCCAAAUUAUUGGAGGCCGAAAAGCGAAUAAAGGAGAAGGAGAUGCGAAGGCAGCAAGCCGUUCUGCUGAAGCACCAGGAGUUGGAGAGGCAUAGACUAGAUAUGGUAUGGGAACGAGAAAGGAGAAGGCAACACAUGAUGCUUAUGAAGGCCAUGGAAGCACGGAAAAAAGCAGAAGAAAAAGAACGGUUAAAACAAGAGAAACGCGAUGAAAAAAGAUUAAAUAAAGAACGUAAACUGGAACAGCGAAGACUGGAAUUAGAAAUGGCAAAGGAGCUAAAGAAGCCUAAUGAAGAUAUGUGCUUAGCGGACCAGAAGCCUCUGCCCGAGCUGCCUCGCAUCCCAGGCCUCGUUCUUGGGGGCAGCACGUUCUCAGACUGUCUCAUGGUAGUGCAGUUCCUGCGGAACUUUGGCAAAGUUCUUGGCUUUGAUGUGAACGUGGAUGUCCCUUCCCUGAGCGUCCUUCAGGAGGGUUUGCUGAACGUAGGGGACAGCAUGGGAGAAGUACAGGACUUACUGGUAAAGCUCGUCUCUGCAGCUGUCUGUGAUCCAGGACUCGUUACAGGAUACAAGGCUAAAACUAUUCUUGGGGAGCACUUACUGAAUGUUGGUAUCAAUCGCGAUAACGUGUCCGAGAUUCUGCAGAUCUUCAUGGAGGCUCACUGUGGGCAGACGGAGCUCACGGAGAGCCUGAAGACAAAAGCUUUCCAGGCACACACUCCAGCUCAGAAAGCGUCAGUACUCGCUCUUCUUGUCAACGAGUUAGCGUGCAGCAAGAGCGUAGUAAGUGAAAUUGAUAAAAACAUUGACUAUAUGUCAAACUUAAGGAGAGAUAAAUGGAUGGUUGAAGGCAAACUUCGGAAGCUGAGGAUCAUCCACGCCAAGAAAACGGGCAGGAGGGACGCGGCGGGCGGCGGCGAGGAGCAGCACGCGCUGGAGGCGCCCGCCCCGGGCCGCAGGCGCCGGAGGAAGGGGGACAGCGACUACGACGAUGAUGACGACGACGACAGCGAUGACCAGGCAGAUGAGGAUGAGGAGGAUGAGGAGGACAAGGAAGAGAAAAAGGGAAAGAAGGCAGAAGUUUGCGAGGAUGAGGAUGAUGGGGACCAGACAGCGAGUGUCGAUGAGCUAGAGAAGCAGAUUGAAAAACUGACAAAGCAACAGAGCCAGUACAGGAAGAAGUUAUUUGAAGCGUCGCACUGUUUGCGUUCCAUGAUGUUUGGUCAAGAUCGUUACAGACGCCGGUACUGGAUCCUGCCCCAGUGUGGUGGCGUUUUUGUGGAGGGCAUGGAAAGCGGCGAAGGCCUAGAAGAAAUUGCAAAAGAAAAAGAGAAGUUAAAAAAAGUAGAAACCAUGCACAUCAAAGAAGAAGAAUUUGAGACAGAAGAAAAAUUACACUGUUCAAAUACAACUCACUGUGAGCAAAAGGAAGAUCUGAAAGAAAAGGACAACACUAAUUUAUUUUUACAAAAGCCUGGGUCGUUUUCAAAACUAAGCAAACUGUUAGAGGUAGCGAAAAUGCCGCCCGAAUCGGACGUGGUGCCCGCGAAGCCCAACGGCAGCGCGGCGAACGGCUGCGCCCUGGCGUACCCGAGCAACUCCAAGCCGUCUCUGUGCAGCCUCCCGCCCGCCGCGGCACAGGGCGCCGCCGAGAAGCCCGAUUCCAGUAACCCUUUCGGCCCCAGUGCCAGCGGGCCGGGAAAGUUUUACAGCGCUCCGCUAGUUCCAAACGAUCAGUUGUUGAAGACUCUGACUGAGAAGAGCAGACAGUGGUUCAGCCUCCUACCGAGAACGCCCUGCGAUGACCUGUCAGUGACCCACGUAGACGCACCCGCUAGCGCGGCGGCACUGACGCCGUCGCAGCCCCUGCCGAAGUCGCCGUCGCCUGCCCCGUCCCCUCAGCGGGGCGCGGCCCCCGCGCAGAGCCCGGUGCCGCUGGGCCCCUUCGCGCUGUCACCGCUGCAGCAGAUGAAGACUGGCCUGCCUGUAAUGGGACUUCAGUUUUGUGGAUGGCCUACAGGAGUUCUUGCGUCAAACGUUCCAUUUUCAUCUCCCUUACCUGCCCUUGGGUCGGGGUUGGCGUUGUCAGAAGUCAAUGGGAACUCGUUCUUGGCCUCUAGCGCUCCUGCGAGUAAAAGCGAAUCACCAGCACUACAGAGUGAGAAAACAGCCUCUGCCCCUCCUGCAGCAGCCGAAGUAGCCAAGCCGGUGGAUUAUCCCCACCCAAAACCUAUACCAGAAGAAAUGCAGUACGGGUGGUGGAGGAUUACUGAUCUGGAGGACCUAAAGUCUUUGCUCAAAGUGCUGCAUCUCAGGGGAAUAAGAGAAAAGGCCUUACAAAAGCAAAUACAGAAACACAUGGAUUAUAUCACUCUGGCUUGCAUAAAAAACAAGGAUGUUGCAAUUAUUGAUAUCAAUGAAAAUGAAGAUAACCAGGUAACUCGAGAUGUUGUGGAAAACUGGUCAGUAGAAGAACAAGCAAUGGAGGUGGAUCUUGCCAUUCUUCAGCAGGUGGAAGAUCUAGAGAGGAGAGUUGCAUCAGCUAGUUUACAAGUUAAGGGUUGGCUGUGUCCUGAGCCUGCGUCAGAGAGAGACGACUUGGUAUAUCGCGAGCAUAAGUCAAUUACUAGAUUGCACAAGAAGCACGAUGGCGAUUGUGCUGGAGGCGGAGAAGGCAGUGCCAGCUCUCUAGAGCGGAGGAGUGACAACCCUCUAGAUAUAGCUGUAACCAGGCUGGCUGACUUGGAGCGGAACAUAGAGCGAAGGUAUCUGAAGAGCCCCUUAAGUACCACCAUUCAGAUCAAACUGGAUAAUGUGGGCACAGUUACUGUCCCUGCUCCUGCACCAUCCGUUAGUGGUGAUGGUGACGGAGCCGAGGAGGACCUGGCUCCGGGGCUGCGCGUGUGGAGGAGGGCGCUGUCAGAGGCGCGCAGCGCCGCGCAGCUGGCGCUGUGCAUCCAGCAGCUGCAGAAGGCGAUAGCGUGGGAAAAGUCCAUUAUGAAAGUUUACUGCCAAAUUUGUCGGAAGGGAGAUAACGAGGAGCUGCUGCUCCUUUGUGACGGCUGCGACAAGGGCUGUCACACCUACUGCCACCGGCCCAGGAUCAGCACCAUUCCGGACGGGGACUGGUUCUGUCCCGCCUGCAUAGCGAAGGCAAGUGGUCAGACUCUGAAAAUAAAAAAACUUCAAAUCAAAGGGAAAAAAAGCAACGAACAAAAGAGAAGCAGGAAAUUAGCAGGUGAUACAGAGGAUGAAGACUCUGCAACCACGAGCGCCUCCUUGAAAAGAGGAAAAACAGACCCUAAAAAACGAAAAAUGGAUGAAAAUGUUUCUGUAAGCCAGAUAAAGCAAGAAAAUUUCACAGCUGUUAAAAAACCCCGAAGAGAUGACUCCAAGGACUUGGCUAUAUGCAGCAUGAUUCUCUCGGAAUUGGAAACGCAUGAAGAUGCCUGGCCUUUCCUACUGCCUGUAAACUUGAAACUUGUUCCUGGUUAUAAGAAAGUUAUUAAAAAACCUAUGGACUUCUCCACCAUUAGAGACAAGCUAAGUAGUGGACAGUAUCCUAAUCUGGAAGCGUUUUCGCUGGAUGUCAGGCUUGUUUUUGACAACUGCGAAACCUUCAACGAAGACGACUCGGACAUCGGCAGGGCCGGGCACAGCAUGCGGAGGUACUUCGAGAGGAAAUGGACGGAGGUUCUCAAAGUGAGCUGAAGUCACCGGGCUCUUCUGUCUGUCUUUUCUGUCGUUGGACGAGGACUGAUGAGACCAGCGACGUGAACUGCAUUUCCAUGGAAGCGCGAGGCACGCGCGUGACCGGUGACUGUUCUUUCCUGUAAAGCGUCACAGAGUUGUGAUACUCGUUCGAAAGGCUUCACUCCUACAGCAGCCGUGGCCCCUUGGUUAUGGGUUUGUGUGUUUUAACAAACUAAUUUAGGUAGAACAGGGAAGCACACCCAAAGAAUUUCAAAGAAAGGGGUGUUAUAGUGCAAUAGCAAUUUAAAAUAUAUCAAAACGCACUGAAUAUUCAACCACCAGAGCUCUACUUGGGGAAAUGGUUCACUUUUCCCUUUCAAUAAAUAUCUAUUUUUCAUUUUUUUACUUUGUAGUUCAUUUUUUAGUGAAUGUAUUUAAUUUUAUGAAUUAUUUAUGAUUAUACAGCAUUCAGAAUCUUCGUUUUCUGUGAAAAGGAAGAAUUAGAAAAUUGCUUUAAAUCUUGAAAAUACAACAAGGAAUGUUUUAAAAUAUAAAACAAAGCCAAGUAAAACUGUUUACACUGAUGUGCUGUAAAAGCACUAAAAAUUGAACUUUACUGUAGAGUUACAAGUACGUUUAUAUAUAUAUGUUGCUGCAUCACUUGUGUAGUUAAAUUGUAUUUCAAGACAGUGAAGAAAAAUUGAGACAUGUAUAUACUGUUCAUUAUUGUUUAUAUUAAGUCUUGUUUUAAAUAUGUAUGAUGUGUACAUAUUGUUUGCAGACAUUAUUGUUUAUGCCUUAGGAGGGCGGUAGCAUUUUAUUUUAGUCUUAAGGUAAUUAUAGCUCUAUGGCUUGUACAGUAAUUAUCCUCUACCGACACUGUGGAGUCUCCUUAAUCUUGGUAGUGCCUGCCUUCAAAACAGGGUGUAGGGGAUAUUAGUUUUCCAUUUUUCUAUUUUGUUAUAUAAUUUCAAGCCACCACGGCCUCAAAUUCAAGUAUAAUCAUUUGUAUCCAUGUGGAAGAAAAUUGUGACAAUUUCCUACGCACACAGUAUUUUUUCAUAGAGACAUUUCCCUCCAUUUGCCUUGCCACAGGAAUAACGACCCCGUUCGUAACCACUGUGUUUCCCUGCUGUGUGUUGUGGUGGCCUGCUGGGGCAGAUAGAUCAGAUUCUUUUUGUACUGAUGUAAGAGUACUUGAAGUUUUAUUUAAAGGAAAUGUUGUGGAAAGGUAGCAUUCUUUUCCUUUGCCUUUUUAGGAGUGUUAUUUUUCACUAGUAUGUGUGGCACGGAUACAAUAAAAGACUGUUUUGCAAA